GGCCUGAAUGGGGGCGGGUGAAGGAUCGCAAGAUCGGGGGCUAUGGGAGUCUGCCAGCACAAUCCGAGGGUGAGCAAUGGUAUGUUGGUGUCUGUACGGACAGACAGGUAAUACCUAUAUGCAUCAAGACAUCUUUUUUCUGGCUUUGGGUAUAGAGAGACAUGCUUGAGGGUAUCACCACUGAGCCUCUAUACCGACAGGCUAGCGAAGUAACACGCACAGAAUGGGCCAAAACAGCGUCUGCUUUCGCAUCUGGUUUCUUCCUUGCUAAGACCACCCCUGCCAGCUAGGGCCCUAAGAAUGGGAGUCAAAGACUAAAGUUGUUAUCGCUCCCGUUAUGUAUCACAAACAGUCAGGCUCCAUCUGGAUUCCCUUAUCGCAGCCACAGCCAACAAAGCCUCCAUCACAUUCACUACUAGCACCCGCCCAAACAACACCUUCGUAUCGACUAUCAUGUCUACUUCCGCCAAUUAUGGUCCUUUCAUGCCCUGCGCCCUUCCGAUUCCCACCGAUCCAACGACCCUCAGCCUGGCAGAUCCCUGCGCUCUCUCGCCAAAUCUCCCACGCUAUGUCUCCGCCGCCGCCAUGGCUCCAUGCACAUACUCCCAGACUACAGGGUUCAAAUGGGUUGGUGCCUUUUUUGGAACCCUCGCGUAGUACCGUGGUACACGCCCUCAGCCUGAGCGAGUCGCAUAUGCAGGAGCAGUCACACCAACGACCAGAUACCCCGGUGGGACUAGACUCUCGACACGGGCGGACUGUCUUGUGCCUAUAUUCAUUGCUUCCGCUCCAAUCUAUUUGACGUUCUCUUCCAUUUCUCUCCUCCAGCUGUCGAUCUUCGUCGCAUAUCUCCUCUUUCUGUGUCCCUACUUGAAAGAUCGGCAGGUUCAUUGUGCCUGCGCUGGGCCUUGAGCCUUGUGUACUACCUACAGCUCCGACCCUCGACCGAUAUCGAAUUGCCCUUGCGGCCGAUUCUGACACAAGUGUCGCGAACAAAAGGUGCCGCGGUGCUCCACAAAGAUGUCUGACUCGACGGACUCGCUGCCAUAUGUUCCAUUGGAACCAUACGAGGGCACCUCCAUGACUGGAGGAAACUCGCUCACCGAGGAUCUGAAUGUCUACUACAAUGCAGGCGACAUUGCCUGGAUGAUCACAGCAACUGCCCUGGUGCUUCUCAUGAUUCCUGGUGUCGGUUUCUUCUACUCCGGUCUCGCUCGUCGCAAGUCUGCCUUGUCGCUGAUAUGGCUGUCAGUGGCCGCCACUGGCCUUAUCUCCUUUCAAUGGUUUUUCUGGGGAUACUCUUUGGCUUUCUCUCAUACUGCCGGCAAGUUCUUGGGUGAUAUGGAAAACUUUGGGUUCCGCAACGUGCUUGGUGCGCCCUCGAUCGGGUCUACAAAGAUUCCCGAUCUCAUGUUCGCCGUCUACCAAGGCAUGUUCGCGGCCAUCACGGUUGCUCUCGCCAUUGGUGCCGCUGCUGAGCGCGGCCGCAUGUUGCCCGCCAUGGUGUUCUCCUUCGUCUGGUCUACCGUCGUGUACGACCCGAUUGCCUGCUGGACGUGGAACAGUUCCGGAUGGGUGUUCAAGAUGGGUGGUCUCGACUUUGCCGGUGGUACCCCCGUGCACAUCUCGUCCGGUGCCGCCGCCCUUGCCUACUCGUUGAUGCUGGGAAAGCGUCGCGGUCAUGGCACCCACGAACUGAACUACCGUCCCCACAAUGUCACUCAUAUUGUGAUUGGGACUGUCUUCCUCUGGGUCGGUUGGUUCGGGUUCAACGCGGGGAGCGCCCUAGCUGCCAAUCUUCGAGCUGUCAUGGCCGCGGUUGUCACCAACCUAGCUGCCAGUGUCGGUGGGAUCACCUGGUGUAUCCUCGAUUACCGGUUAGAACGCAAAUGGUCGACCGUUGGUUUUUGCAGUGGUGUCAUUGCCGGGUUGGUUGCUAUCACGCCGGGCAGUGGGUUUGUCCCCGCGUGGGCUGCGGUCAUCUUUGGUGUGGUUGGAGGCGUGGCUUGCAACUAUGCCACCAAGCUCAAGUUCCUGCUCCGAAUCGACGACUCGCUCGAUAUCUUUGCCCUCCACGGCGUCGGUGGCCUGGUGGGAGAUCUCUUGACCGGGCUAUUUGCUGCAGACUACAUUGCUCAUCUCGACGGCUCCAUGGAAAUUCCCGGUGGAUGGAUCAACCAUCACUACAUCCAGCUUGCCUACCAACUCUGUGACGGAGUAACUGGCAUGGCCUAUUCUUUUGUCCUUAGCUGCCUGAUCCUUUUCGUCAUCAACCUGAUCCCUGGUCUGCACAUCAGGGCUUCGGAGCAGGAGGAGAUCAUGGGUAUGGACGAGACCGAAAUUGGCGAGUUCGCCUACGAUUACGUCGAGCUCAGCAGGGAUGUGGUCAAUGGCAUCGAAUCCUCGGCGGCCUCUCAACAUAAGACAACGCCCAUCUCAGACGUCGAAGAUGCUGAUGAGAAACCUGCCCAGCCCGCGCCUUCGGCUGCUGCUCCUGCUGCAUGAAUGGGGACAUCAUGAUUGUGCCGGUGGUAGAUAGGCCGACAGGACGGGCUAUACAGUGCGCCUCUUACAGUUGGCUUUGAGUCUUGAGUUUUGAGCCUUGGGUUGUAGGAAUAGUAUAUUACGUUAAUCUAGAUGAGAUGCACUUUGAUCAAUACUACUGAGUACUAUGUAAUCGGCGUUCCGGCCAAAAGAGUUUCAUCGCUCACGAUAAGGCAUAGGUUUCGGGUCCUCCGAUUCCA